AUGGCCUUGAAAGCUAUUGGUUGUCUGCAUCUGCCGAAGCUCAGUAGUUAUCAACAACGUGGACCAUGGGGAUGUAACAUGGAUUUCAACGAGUGCCGUGUCUCUCCAACGGUUUCGACAGGUCAUGGAUCGGCAACAACAAAUCAAACUCGUGGCGAAAGUGGGCUUGUGCACGACGAGCUUGUGCAGACAUUCCCGCCGCAUCUUACCAGGGAAGUGGUUUUUCAUCCAACACCGGGAAACAGAUAUCAAGCGAUCAGAUCCCUCGACUGCUGGUCCAGGGCAUUUUUACCAGUCAACAGCUCAUUCUGCACGGCGGCUAACAGUUCUCUGCGACUCAAUUCUCCAUCUUCUUUGUCAAAAUUCUUGAUAAAUCCACCGAGAGGCCAAAUUGGAGCCCUGAGCCCAACAGUUAUCUCCUUGACGUGGACAAGCGGAACAUUGAGAUAA